AUGUUUGAUCCUAACGACUAUACCAAGAAAAUUUAUGCACCCUACGUUGGUGAUACGGACUGGGCAGCUUGUUUCGUGGCAACAAAUCCAAAUGCAGAUGAAAACGACCUGCUAUGUCCUCACAAUUUCAAGAGAAUAAAAGACGAAAACCGUGACUGCGAAGAUAAGUUCAAAAAUGGUGCGACAACAACGCUAAAAAGGAUUUGCUGCCUGAUAGAACCAACAGCCUCAAUGGAGGUAAACAAUUAUAUUUAGUUGGAUCAAUUCAUGUAGGAGAAGCAUGCGUACGAAAUUAUAACGUUUUCAUCCUGUCAAUCAGAAGUGAAUAUGAUUGCACAGCAUAAGGCGUUUAAGACUCCCCAGAGUGAUCCACCUCGUCGAAAAUCCCUUAAUUUGGAUAGGAAUUCAGUCCAAAAUGGAUGUAUUGAAGAAAAACUGACAUGGCCUCCUGAGGCAUAUUUCUUACAUUAAAACACUUCAUGUCAUUAUCAUUAGUAGUAAUGGCAUCAUUAUCCUUGUCAUUAUCAUUGUCAUUAUCGUUAAUAAUUUUUUUGUUGAUGUUGCUUUUACUGUUUACUGGGAACAUUUUGUUUUGAAUAUCAAUCAUAUCAAAGGUUUCCAUUACCGAUAACAUCAUAUCAAAGGUGCCACAGAAUUUGAAUUUACCCAAUGCAAACCGAUGUAAAGAAAGCACUUUAUUCGGAGAAGUCAUAUUUGAUAUUGUUUCUUUGAUCACUUCCGACAUCGGACCAGUUUUUAACCUUUCUAGCUAGCUCAGGAGUGUCUAUUUUGGUUCAGAAAAUGCAUUGUUGGACCACCUAUUGAUGCUGUUGCUUUUUCUGUUCUUCAGGUCCUCAAUGCUCCAUGCUUAAAAGGAUUUUCUUCAUGAUUUAGAUAAUGUGAAACAAUUAAAAUUAUUUGUUUAUUACAUUGCAAAUCUUGAUUGACGUCUAUCGCUUCAACUUUUGUGCGUGUAUAAAUAGUAGUUAUGCGGGUCAAAGUCAGUAUCUGAGCAACUAUGCACCUAACCUUCCCUUAACCCAACCUUUACCCUCUCUCGUUGUCAGUUUGACUGCUGUUGAGUUAGGGAAGGGAGAGGUAGGCACGCAUUUGUCCAGAUACUGACAUUGAUCCCAGAAAAUCUCAGAAAAUGAAGGCUAAUAGGAAAAAGAAGCGUGAGCGUUUUCUCAGCUUCUGCAACGCUGCUGGUAAUCGAAUUACGAAGUCACCUGUUUUUCAAUUUGAUGCAAACUUUGCCCAAAAACAAACUUCUGACAUUUUCAGAAGGGUAAUGUGAUGUAAUCGAAACUCUACUGAACAUUGGUUGGUUCGAUACACUCAUUUCUAAAAUGACACCUCACAAAUAAGCCUUUCCCACGCAUUGAGGUUAUGAUGGGAUAAGAAGGUUUUACACAAUCCAUGGCAAGUUUCAAAAGGGCAAACUUCACUGCAUUUCUUUUCCCCGCCCAUUUUGAUAUUCCUCUCAAUGUUUACUUUUGCCCUUUGUAUUUGACAUCACUCCUGGUUUGUUAAAUGAGAUACUAAUCCAUCCUGGCUAAGCUGCCAUUAAUGAUAAAUAGAAUGUGGUAACAUGCUUUAUGACUCACUUUUCAGUUAUUGUUCUCCUUUUCACACUAUCUUUCUUAAAAAUACUAAAGAGAUUUAACAAAAUAAAGGGAUCCUAAGGAAUCAGCAGCACCAUAUCGCAGAAAAUUUCUAGCAGUUUCUUAACUAUUAACAAGGGCCAAGGGCGUCUCCGGGAUUUUUCAAAGGGGGGAGGUGGGCAUACUGUGUCAAACAGAAGGUUCUCACCAGUUUUCGCCACCUGAAUAUUUUAGGUUGUUUAAAAAAUGGCUUACAAAGAGGGGGUCCCUGACACUCCAGGAACCCCCUCCCCCCCAGCUAGGCCCUUGAUUAGUGAAGCGUUGAUUAGGAGGAGUAAAACGCCAUAAGAAUCCGCUGGAAUAGCUGACAUAUCGGGGGCUGUCUGCUAUUAUCAAUAGUUUCGAAGUCAAAGAAAAACUACAACGUUCGCCUAUCAAAAUCGUAUGCCGACAGUUUCUUACUUACCUGUUACAUUUCAUUGAUUUACAGAUUUAUUAUCUAAUUCCCUUCUCGAUCAUUUGGCCAAAAAGAGAGCUGCAACGUAAAGCUUAAAAUUCACCCCUAUCAUUUAGUACCAUGUUUGUGUUUGAAAGCCAUCCCUGCGUAAAACCUUUUUCAACAAAUAGCUAUUGUAUUAAAUCACCACAAACAAAAAAUGUAUAUAAUUACCACGUGUAACCUGGUACCAAUUUUCGCCUUUAUCUUUAUGUGUCAAAUCAUUGAAGCGAUUACGUUUGAAAUUUACUUAGUUGAGAAAAUUUCAAAUGGGAUAUAUUGUUACUUCUUUUAUUCCAGCUAAAGGGGCACUUCUGCGACCAAGACUACCUGUUGAUGUAAGCUGAAAUUAAUGGUCAAAACCCGAAAAAUAACGGAUUCUUUGAAUGGGGAAAAUCGUUGAGUGCUUUUAUUUCAUUUAGGUUUAUAUCUGUCGUCUUGCCUGAUACUUGCUCGCACUUGUUCUCUCCCAAGCAAUAUCAAAGAACGUAAGUUUUUAGCUCAGAUUUCUAAUCAAUAUCCAUACUUCAGUCAAAGUUACCUAAAAUGUCAUUUUUACCCCCCAAAACUCUGUUACACUUGCAUUUUAUAGAUAUAGACUUGUAAAAGCCAAAGAUUCGCUUUUAUAUCUGCAAACAUUACAUCUAAGGUGGAGUUCAGCAAAAAAUUAUUUCUAUUGUCAAUAAUCCAAUGCUAAUAAGUAUCGAAUGGGGCUACUUUGCUUUCUAUUACUUAUUAAAUUUUAUAGGGAGGUUGCCUCGUACAGUUUUGUCAUUUGAGCUUAACACCCACGAGUACAUCACCAUGAAUUCGGAAAUUUUGGUUACCAUGUAGCGUGCUAAGAAUUGGCUAUUAAAAGACUUCAAUCAUCGCAUAAAAAGUUCACUUUUAUUCCAUGGAAAAUUUCUGUUGUUCACUCAUCCUAAGGCGUAAUAAGUUAUUAAGAACUUUCAAAUGUUCCCCUCUCAAACCGAAAUGAGAAAAAUAUGAUCGAUGCUAAAAUAUUACCUUCUCAUAUAACACAAAAUUGGUGUUUUGAUCCUCCCAUGUACUCUGUUCAUUCCAGAAUCGCCAGUGUCCUUGUGUCAUACACAGCAUGAAGUUUUUAGCUUUUGCAGUUGUCCUUCUCUCGAUGGCACUAUUAGGUAAGAAGACAAGCUCAAUUUGAUUUGAAAAAUUAAAAAAAAAUUAAUUAUCUUAAGCUUACUUAUUUAAAAUUCUACUGGACUUAUUGUGAAGGAAAAUCCGCCCCUUUGAGAGGGCGCCAAGUUGCAGACCAAGGAAAAUAUGAACGAUCUUAAUAAUCGAGCCAAAAGGUGUAAUCUUACACUUCGUACUAAAAACUAUAGCAAUUGCAUCUCGCACACGUGCGAACCGCUGAUGAACGCGCAACCAGUUAUAAGCUCUUAAUUGCUGACGUUUUUUUUUCUUUUAAUCCUAGCAUUUCCAGCACGCGGUGACUGUGGGACACAAAUUUACACCAAAUGGGCUACAUGUGUGAAAACAUCAUGUCCUCCCGAUUCCUUGUCUCUUCAGGUCAAUGGUAAAACUUGUCCACCUGACCACGUUUGCUGCCUUAUGCGACCCAAAAUAAAUUUCAAGGUAACUUUCAGAUCGAUUUUUUUUGCAAUACGUAGUUUAAGUUUUAGCUUAGAUUGGAAGUAUCGUAAUGUUCUGAAACAAACGUAAUUCAUUCCGCAAGGACUCUUACCAUAAAUUUUAUUUACUUUCAGGUUUAAUGAGAGAUGAGUCUAAAUGAAUUUGAAUACAAUUUAAUUUCUCAUACGCGUUGUUUAAUUUUUUUGUUCAUCAGACGGUUGAAUCACAUUGUGACCAGUAA